AUCUACACAAAUAUGUCAAAGAACACCACCGCAAGUCCCCACAUCGAAGUCUUCGCCACUCUUUCCUUUCUUCUCCAUCCAGUUCCAGAUCAAUCCAACACCUCCCCUCCACUCCACUCCACUAAUGGCGACUCCACGAUCCUCGGUCUUCUUCUCCCCUCGAGGUGACACUCUCCUCUACCUCAUCGCUCUCCUCUCCCUCCUCCUCCACAACAUCUCCGCCGACUCCCACUUCGAAGGCUUCGACGCCGACGAUGACCUCGAAGACGACACCGUUUUGUUCCAACCACCCCUCUCCGAUCUCCCCCGCCGCCCUCCUCCGCCCCCCACCACCCUCUCCACCCCCUCCGAUCCCGAAUCCCACCACGGCCCCCCUGUUCCCCAAUCGGAUCCCGAUCUAAACCCCAAAACGACGUCCUUUGAUUACUGGGAUGAAGAUGAGUUUGAAGGUUUUCCAGUUGAUAAUAAUAAUGUUAUUACUCCACCGGAAGUCAUUAAAACGACGUCGGAUGACUCUGUAUUGGAUGAAAAUGAAAAGGCUAGGGUUUUGGAACCGGUUUCUUUAAGUAAGCGAAUUAGGGCUUAUACAGUCGAAAUGAUUUGUGUGUCGUUUUUAAUUAUGUUUGCUGUUAAUUACUUUACUGGUAAGAAGGAGAAUGAAAAUUUAGCUUUAGCUUGGGCCGCGAAAUUCGCAACCAAAGAUACGAUUUUCGAUAAGAAUUUUAGCUUGUUAGGUGUGGGUGAAGGCGAUAACUCGCCGUUGUUGAUGAAAGAAGGGCAGAAUGUGUUUAAGUUCUACGCGAGCGGGCGGAGGUAUUGUCAGGAUUUGGUGGGGACGAUGGAGCUUAAGAGUAGGCAGGAUUUGAUAGCCAAGUUGUAUAAUAUGGUUGUGCCGUGUAAGGAUGAGAUUACGAUUGAGGUUCGGAUGAAUGAGGAUGCAAUGGAUCAUGUGGUUUUUGCUUUGGGUAAGAAGAAGGCGGCCAAGGUUAUGCACAAGGAGGUGAGGGAUUUACAAAGGUUUGCGAGUUUGAUGACGGCUGGACCGAAUGGGAGGAAGUGGGUUGCGGACGAGUUGAUGGUUAUUACCGAGUCGAAAGAGGUGGCGGGUGAUUUGAUCACUGAGACUGUUCUUGAUCAGGUGUUUGGUGAAAAAGCAUUUCAGAGCUUGGGGAAGUUGUUUAUAUCUAUGCAUUUCUCAGAUCAGCAGCAGGGUACACACAAGAAGAUGCUGGUAUUUAAGUUUGCUCUACCUGAUGUUAAUCAUAUGGCUGAUAUGACACGGUUGGUGGCUCUAGUGCCCUAUUACAUCGACUUAAUUGGACGUUACAAACUCAGUUCACAGGCCCGGUCCAAAACGGAAGCAGCUAGAUCAAAGGUUGCACAGGAGGUGUACAAGGAACAACAAAAUGAAAGGCAAGAAAUGUUGCAGAGAAAGAAGGCUGAGAAGAAAAAGAUGAUGGAGGAGGCUGCAUCAAAACUUAAUGCUGAGGCCCUCCGUAAGAAAGAAGCAAAAGAACGUGCUCGACAACUUAAGAAAGCAAUGCCCAAAAUUAAGAUGUCGCGUGGCGCCUAAGUCUAAUACUUUUUAGAUCUCCGAAGCAUUAUCACAUUACAUCGAGGUUAACAUUAGUCUCCCCUCUUUUAUAUAGUAGUCGGUCUAUUUUUUAAUAGAAACUGCACCUGUUCAUCAUCAUAAGUAAACCUAUAAGGUGUUUGAUUCAAAGAGUUUGAUAUUUGGAUAGGUAUCAAGUAUAUGCACGCAUUUGUUGUUUGUUCUAGCCAGUAUGCAGGGAAGUUCUGUAGCUGCAAUUUUAUGGUUUAAACGUUCUAUAAAACGAGUCCGUGUGUCAUCACUUAUACUCGAAUGUGGGAAUAAGAAGUAUUGGUUUGGAGACGUGUUUGAAA